CGAUCAGCGAAAGAUGCUUCACAGUCUGUACUUGAAGCUGACACUUACAACAGAAAUGUUGGGCUUAACAACAAUCCUAAUCUUGAAAAUAUAACCAUUGACCAUCCAGAUCCUUUUGCAACCCCUACACCCUACUUGUUUUUUGAUCUGGAGACUACAGGGUUUGCAAGAACCUCGGAUAUCACACAAAUAGCUGCAGUUUGUGGUAACCAGACCUUUAAUCGUUACAUCAGGCCAGAUUCAGAGAUUAGCCUAGAGGCCACAAAGGUCACUAGUAGGAUAACUUGUGUUGGAGGGAUAAUGAAGCACAAUGGGGUGGUUGUUGAAAGCAUUGAUCCAGAAGCAGGACUCCAAGAAUUUAUAGAUUUCAUUUAUUCCUUUGAAAGUAAACCAGUAUUCAUUGGCCAUAACAUCCAGUCCUACGACAUUCCUAUACUUAUGAACCAACUAACCAAAUUCAGGUUACAUGAAAAUUUUAAGAGCAGUGUCUCAGGGUUUGUUGACACUUUGAAAGUUUCUAAGAAAGCUUUCAGCAAAUCAGAUACUGUAAACUUUAAACAAGAAACUCUUGUGAAAACUUUCCUUGGAAAGCAGUAUGAGGCACACAAUGCUUUAGGUGAUGUUAGGGCUCUCAAAGAACUUUUUGAAGUGAAGUUACUACCCUUGUGUGGCACUGAUGAUGUUUUUACAUUAGACUAUUAUGCCAUUAAAUCUUCCCUUGAGCCACUUGUAAAAGCAAAAGCCAUUUCAGUUGUCACCUCUUAAAAACUGAUUGAUAACUCUUAGAGCUUGCCUAGAUUACAUGUUAUUCAUAGGAGAGAUCCUGACAACGGUAUCCGAAACUUUUUCAGUGAACCUGUCUCUGGCACUUUAUCCAAGCCCAGGGAUUCUAAGUGUACAAAUGUAAUAACCAAAGUUGUGGAUUACUUAAAUAA